AUGGAUGCCGAUGCUUGGUCCUCACUUCCGAUCUCCUCAGAUCUCUUCAGUUACCAACAAUUCGAGCGAUUUGAUCCUACCCCCAUCUGGUCCCGUAACUUGUUUCGAAAACCUUUGGCAAAAUGCCUGCCCCAGCAGGCACUAAACGUGUUCGCACCAUUUGUUUUCGGAAGCGAAGCGCAGCCCUUUGACCCGGCAAAACGACCCCCAAACGCGCCCGAGGACCACACCCACCAGUGGCGUGUAUUCGUCAAAGGUGUCAACGAUGAAGACAUCUCAUACUGGUUGAAAAAGGUGCAGUUCAAACUACAUGAGACCUAUGCGCAGUGUGUGCGCACCAUCGAAUCGCCACCGUUCGAGGUAACAGAGACAGGAUGGGGUGAGUUUGAGAUACAGAUCAAGUUAUACUUCGUUCCAGAGUCGACAGAGAAACCGCAAACGUUAUGGCACAGUCUGAAGCUGCAUCCGUACGGGGAUGACAUCGAGGGGAAAAGAGAGAGGCGAGAUGUCAUUGUGGCACAGAAUUACGAAGAGGUUGUGUUUAACGAGCCCGUUGAACAAUUUUAUGAUCUUCUUACGGGCGGAACAGGAGUAGUGCAGCAACCUCCUAAAGGAAAAGCAGGGAAGGGGGCUAAGCAGCCACAAACGCAACCGGGGAGGACAGCGGAAAUCCCUUACUCGGAUAGCCCGAAGAAUCCGUACAGUCAAAAGACAGAGUCGAAGGAGCUGGAUAGGUUGGCCGAGGCUAUCAAGACUGUGGAUCAGAUGCUGAAGGAAGAGAAAGCAAAGCUGGCGGAGCGGGAAGCUAAGUUGGAUGAGUUGAGGAAGAGUGAGGGUGUGACGACCGUGGUGAAGAAGAAAUAG